GAGAAAGAAACUGCUCUGUCUCGGUCUUUGAUUGAUUUGAUUCCUCCGGUUUCUCUUUGGGGUUAAAAGAAAAAAAAACCAAAAUUCCAAAUAAGAAAAUUACUAGCAAUUGAAAGUUGAAACUUUUUAUUUUUUAUUUUUACGUCAUGAGACUAGUCCAUCUUUUCUGCGGGUGUGAGAAAUAAACGGUUUUCAUUUGAAAAACAGACACUUCUGUGAAGAGGGGUCUCUUCAUUCACGUGCCUCUCCUUUUCCUUCUCCUUGUUCUCUUCUCUUCACUUACGUUUUCUUCUCUUCUCUCCUCUGUUAGUUUCCCGAGAUAAACGUAUUUUUUUUUUCUCAUUUUGAGGCCUUUUUCAGGCGGUGGUUGGUGUAGUUUUGUGGGGUUGUCUCUAUAUAAAAGGACCCCCACACACUCCUUUUGAUUCAAAGUAGUGAUUUUGAUACAAAAGUUCUAGUUUUUGGGGAGAAUGGAAGGGAAUAAGCAAAAGGGUGCUUCUUCUUCAUUCACUUCUGAGCUCUUUGGGUCCAAAGAGUCUCGUCCCUCUUCUUCUUCUGGGAUUUUUGGGUCCAUUUUUUCUCCUCCAUCGUCUAAGGUGUUAGGGAGAGAGUCUCUGCGCUCUGAAAUGAGUAGCAAAAUUGCCAAUGAGACCUGGAGCUCCAGAAUUGGUAUUCAAGAUAACUUCUCCAAGGGCUAUGGUAGCGAGGCUCCGAAUGCCGUGAACAAGGAUAUGAGUUCCAUCUAUCAGGAUCAAAGAGUUCAACCAUGUCACCUUAGUUCAUCAAUUUAUUAUGGUGGCCAGGACAUCUAUUCAAAUCCUCAGAGUACACAGAAUGAGGGAUUCAACUCUAUGCAGCACAGGAAUGAUGGAGGAGAAGAUGAUUCAGAAUUUGCUUCAAGAGGAGACUGGUGGCAAGGGGGUCUCUAUUAUUAAGAUCACUAUUGCCAAGGCAUGUGCUUCUCAAGGUACAUAGCAAGAUAGUUUAGAAGUAUAGUCCAUCUUUUGUUAUAUGGAAGAACUAUACAGCAAUCAAAAGGGUUGUGGACAGCAAGUUGCUUUCUCUGGCUUUGAGAAAAUCAUGAUAUGAUGAAUCUAUGAUCAUUUACGUUUCUUUUUUAUUUUAUUGUAAAGGAUACUAUCCUCACCCUAUUGUAAAAGUUGUAUAGGAAUUCUGUGCAUUAUCAGCUACUCUUGUGUGGCUGAACUUUGCAAUUAUUUACUUUAAUGGAAGAAACUCUCUUGUUUCACCUCUAUCUUAGUACUUCAGCUAUGCAAGUAUUUACUUUAAUGGAAGAAAUUCUCUUUACUUGUUUCA